CUAGAGUUCUUCUUCCUUCCCUUGCUCUAUUGUAGAGCUGCGGCUUCGAGCUCCCUUCUCUCCUCGUUGUUCCACUGCCAUAUGCGGGGUUCUUGUAUGCAAUUUAGUGGAGCAAUAGUGUCUAUCCCCGUCUGCCUGUUCUGCUCAACAGACGAAAGCGCUGCCGCCACGUGCUUGUAAGACGCUUUGCUCGAGAGCCAUUUCCAGCCUAUCCGCACCAUCGGCCCGACAAAGCAGACUGAAAACCCCUCUGCCGCUCAAAGCCGACUUCAACGCGAAUAAGAAGCCGACACGCGAGUCGGGGGUCCACUUCCUUAGAGCGUUCGCAGCGCUACUUAGCACCGUCAAUCUGCCUACACGUCGCGCUCGCGAAAGCAGGAUCCCCCACGCUCACUUUCGGCGGCGCUUCCUGAAAUACCAGUUCCAAUCGCUCUCUGAUCCUUGCGUAGUUCGCGCGUCUUGGCGUGUCUUGGCGUGUCUUAGCGUGUCUUGGCGCGUCUUGGCGUGACUUGGCGUGUCUUGGCGUAUCUUGGCGCGCCGUUUUGGUGGUUGGUGCGCGAUGGGGUGCGCGUGUUCCUGCCCGUUUUUCGACGACGAAGUUCCGGAUCCCGGCGCCCCCCCCGGCGGAGGCAUUCCGGCCUUUCAGCCUGCGCCACCCGCGGUCGAGGGCUCGGGCGUGGGCCCGCAGCGGUCGGAGCAAAUAGUCGUUCCGCGGCUGAAGAUAGACGAGUUUAAAGAGGCCACGGACAACUUCGCGCCCGCGAACAUGCUGGGCGAGGGGUCGUUCGGGCGCGUCUACCAGGGCUCGCUCAACGGCCGGCCCGUGGCGAUUAAGAAGCUGGACGGGUCGCAGCCCGAAAACGAGUUCCUCGAAGGGGUGUCGACGGUGAGUCAGCUGAAGAGCGAGAGCGUGACUCAGCUGAUCGCCUUCUGCUCCGACGGCGCUCAGCGCGUGCUCGCGUUCGAGUUCGCCGCGCACGGCAGCCUGCACGACAUACUGCACGGUCGCAAGGUAGCCCGCAAGACCGACGUCCCGCCCAUAACCCUGUCAUGGCACCAGCGCGUGAAGAUAGCCCUGGGCGCAGCCAAGGGUCUGGAGUACCUACACGAGAAGGCCAACCCGCCGCUGGUGCACAAAUCGGUCAAGUCCGCAAACGUGCUGGUGUUUGAGGACUUUGACGCCAAGAUUGCGGAUUUUAACGUGGCGAACGAGGCCCCGGACCAAGGGUCCAAAAUGGUGUCAACUCGUGUCCUGGGCACGUUUGGAUAUAAUGCACCGGAGUAUGCCACGCUGGGCCGGCUGACGCAGAAGAGCGACGUGUACAGCUUUGGCGUGGUGCUGCUGGAGCUGCUCACAGGCCGCAAGCCAGUGGACCCCAACAUGCCCAGAGGCCAGCAGUCGCUCGUCACAUGGGCAACUCAAGGCCGAUUGGCGGAGGAUAGAGUCAAGUCAUGUGUGGACCCCAAGCUCAAAGGCAACUUUCCUGAGAAAUCCGUAGCCAAGUUUGCCGCCCUAGCAGCCCUUUGUGUGCAGUAUGAUGCUGACUUCCGCCCUAGCAUGAGCAUUGUGGUUCGGUCACUCACACCACUUGUGAAGGAAGCUGCUUCUUCCGGAGAGGCAUAUGGAUGAGUGUGGUGUGGGACCAGAUUUAUGUUUUACGGUACUAGGAAGUAAUAGCAUAGCAUCGCCAUCCUAGAAAUUCAGACGUAGCAUGUAUGUAGGUCGAUGAUGGUAUGAUAUCAGUCUCGUUGCAGGUCCACUUUUGAACUCUCUAAUUUAGAAUAUCAUCCCCUUAGCGGGAGUGUUGGAAAUAUCUCGAGGAC